AUGCCCCACACGUCGACGACAGCUGCAACAAACAAAAACGACACCGCUACGGCCUUGCUCGGAAACGUAUGUGCCCUGCUAUACAUCCACACCACCGUCAACUCCAGUAAUGCUCGUCAACCAAUCACAGGAACUACUCCACAAUUCGUUAUUCGUCACGCCAACCGUCUUUUCAUCAGGGCGUGGCCAGACAGUUCGCCGCAUCGGGGAGUCUUCCUCUCUGGCAGGCCGCCGGACGGUCGUAUCCGACUUCAUCACCUUCUUCCGCUGCUGCGGACCCUCCUCGUAUCCACC